GAAAUAAAUUUUUUAUGAUAAUUCGUUUUUUUAAUAAAAAGAUAGAUAUACAAAAAUACAUAGAUAAUUUUUCGAAAAUGAAUAUCGCAAUAAUACUAAAUAUUCAAGUGUAUUUAUGUAUAUUUUUCGCUAUUUUACAUACAGAAGGAACACAUAGUAACAAAGAAACCGCAGCUAUCAUUAAAAAUUUUUUACAUCAACCAGGAUGGUAUAAUAUAAAUGAUGUCAGAUUAAUUAAGUAUUGGGGCAAAAACUAUGAAUUGAAAGAUUUAUUUAUUGAACCUGUAACAUUAUACAAUUGUGAUAAUUGCAUACGGCAAGCAACGUUGUUUCUUGGAUGUUCUUACUAUUAUGAUUUAAAUUUAAUAUACUUAUCAUUAAUUAAAUUUCAACAACAUUGUUUUGAUCUAUUAAAUUCUGGCGAUGAUAGUGCACACAUUUGUACGGUCACACUUUUAACACAAAUGAGAGAAAUUGUUCCAAUGGCAAAAUUUAUGAAUGGAGCUUUAUAUGCUAUAGAAAAAUAUCAUACUAUUCCCUGGAACAUCCAAAAAAGAACCCCUUUUAUUUUAAGCAGUUUACUAACACAAAUACUGGAAGAUGAAACUUUAUUGUUUACGUUGAGAAUCAGUUCGGAUUCAAUUAGAGAUAAACUAGAGACUAUCGCGAAACUAUUAACCGCAAGGCGUCUUAAAAUUGAUGAAAAUAAUUUAUUUUGUCUGCUAAAACACUUAGGUUUUAAUUCAUUAUGGAAUUCAUGGAAUACAGAAUUCAACAAAUUAAGAUAUCAAGGAAAAUGUCAAGAACUUUUCAUUUUUCUUAGUGAUAAAAUUAGAAAUUUAAUCCUAACGACAAUCAUGAAUAAGUAUAUUGAACUUGGAUUUAAAUUUGACUGGAACACAAGUCAGACUUUUUUACCUGCUCUACCACCUACCAAUGUCAAGCAAGAUAUCGCACAAAAUUCUGAUAUAAAUUUGAUACAAAUUUUCAAUGAAGGAGAUACGCAAAAAGUAAAUGGAACACAUUGUAAAAAAGAAACCGCAGCUAUCAUUAUUAAUUUCCUACGUCAACCAGGUUGGAACAAUAUAAAUGAUGUCAAAUUAAUUAAGUAUUGGGGCAAAAACUAUGAAUUGAAAAAUUUAUUUAUUAAACCUGUAACAUCAAAUAAUUGUGAUAAUUGCAUACGGCAAGCAACGUUGUUUCUUGGAUGUUCUUACAUUUAUGAUUUAAAAUUAAUAUACUUAUCAUUAAUUAAAUUUCAACAACAUUGUUUUGAUCUAUUAAAUUCUGGCGAUGAUAGUGCGCCAAAUUGUACGGUCACACUUUUAACACAAAUGAGAGAAAUUGUUCCAAUGGCAAAAUGUAUGAAUGGAGCUUUAUAUGCUAUACAAAUAUAUCACAAUAAUUUCUUGAACACCCGAAAAAAAACCCGUUUUAUUUUAAGCAGUUUACUAACAAAAAUACAGGAAGAUGAAACUUUAUUGUCUACGUUGAUAAUCAGUUCGGAUUCAAUUAGAGAUGUACUAGAGACUAUCGCAAAAAUAUUAACCGCAAGGCAUCUUAAAAUUGAUGAAGAUAAGUCAUUUUGUCUGCUAAAACACUUAGAUUUUAAUUCAUUAUGGAAUUCAUGGAAUACAGAAUUCAACAAAUUAAGAUAUCAAGGAAAAUGUCAAGAACUUUUCAUUUUUCUUAGUGAUAAAAUUAGAAAUUUAAUCCUAACGACAAUCAUGAAAAAGUAUAUUGAACUUGGAUUUAAAUAUGACUGGAACACAAGUCAAACUUUUUUACCAGCUCUACCACCUACCAAUGUCAAGCAAGAUAUCGCACAAAAUUCUGAUAUAAAUUUGAUACGAAAUACCAAUGAAGUAGAUACGCAAAAAAUAAAUGAUGUCAAUUGUGAAAUGAUAGAUGAUGAUUCAGACUUACUAAUUAAAUAUCCUGAUGGUAUGGAACCAUUUAAUAAGUACAUUUAUUAACUCAAAACCCAAGAAUAGUAUAAGUAUUAAAAAACCGUUACAGUGUUACCACUGUAACAAUAAUUUGAUUCAAAAAUUUUAUUAAAAAAGUUUUAAUAGAAAAUUUAUAUUUUUGUUUAUUUAUGUACAAGGUGAUUUAUUUAUU